UUAUUCCUUAUUGCAGGGUUCCUCACAGCUGGGGAGAAAGAGAAAGAUGCGUUUUCGGGCGAAGAUGCUGGACAUUUCUUGCAUAACACACUUGUCCCGUGAGUGAACUGUCUCUAUACAGUCGCACAGACGAGUGCGUACGCGAAUUUUUAUCCGUCAGCGAGUGAGGUGCGCACUGUUUGGAAAUGUAUGCAGAGGUGGUUUCGACGUUGGCCAGAAACGUAAAGACGUGCGUUCUACGACUCUGUCCCGACAGAGUCUGCUUCGUGAUUAUGGAGAGAGGACCAGCCAGCGGAGGCAAUAUAUGGUGUGAACUAACCCAGAGCAACAUAUUUGACGAGUAUCGUAUCGAGGGUAAAGACGACAGAAACGAGAUAUAUCUGGAGAUCAGUUUAGAGCAGCUGUCGCGGGCUCUAAGAACGUCUCUCACUGCACAAGUGGUAAAGAUAAAACUAGCAAGGAGGCAAGGUCCCUGCCUGUCAGUGGAAAUUGCACAGCCCACGCUGACCGGAGCCAGCCGGACCGUCACUCAUGAGGUGCCGGUGUCGGUCGUCCCUGAGCGUCUUCUGGCCUGAUUACCAAGAACCCAACAUGCCCGACAUAGACGUUAGCAUAUAUCUUCCUCCUCUGAAGCUGUUGAAGAACAUAACAGACAGAAUGAAGACAAUGAGCAAUUACGUUAUGGUGGCGGCCAACAUGAGCGGCGAACUGCAACUGAAAAUAGAGGCAGAUGACGUGACAGCCACCACUUUCUUCAGAGAACUCCAGAACCACAUCUUUGAUACAUCAACUGCUGCUGAUGAGUCGAGGGACAGUUCCACAAUGUACGAGGUGAGGAUUGACAUCCGCAAGUUGGGGCAGAUUCUACAGGGACAACAUUUCAACCCCACCAAGGCCAUCUGCAACAUUACCGACGGCAAAGGUCUUCAAAUAUUUUUACUCCACGAACAUGCGUCACUUCAGUACUACAUUCCAGCCAUAGCUAGGUGAACUGUUUGUAUCCAUGAAACCCUCUCGCUCACAUUUUAUCACCUCAUCCUUCGUUUUUAAGUCUUUCGACUAUAAUUAUGAUGUGAUUGGUUCGUGUUUAGUUGAAAGAAACGGUGAGAAACCACAGUGGUGGGUGAAGUGGCAAGCUGAUAAUGAAAGUCUGCACUAUACCCACAAAUUGCAUGAGGAAACGGAAAGAGUUAAAAUAACAAUAACACAAAGACCUACCUGUAAAUAGGAGUAAGAUGGAGCUUUAAAAUGAACUAUGAUACAUGUAUUUUGUGAAAAAGACUCUAAGAGAUGGAAAUGAGAGAGAGUGGUGGUGAAACAGACAAGAAAGCAGGGCUAGGAGAAGGCGUGGCCUUUGCCUGUAAGAGCCGAAAUCUUCUCCAAGUCCCAGUGUACGUGUUCUGCUUUUGACUCUGCGCGACUGAGUGCAAGUUCGAGGAAAAACUGGUGGACUCUGUACAUGAGUCGAGGGGAUUUCAGCGGAUGAAGGGUCAGGAUGUUCUGGAGUUUCUGGUUGUGGUAGACGUCGCUGGAGUUGAAUAUUUCUCCCAUCGAGUAAUCUUGGUAGAAUUUGUCUUUCAGCUCAUAACUCCAGGUGCACUGGAUGGCCAGUCUCCUCAUGAUGCACCGUCCCACCUCCAAAUCUUCAUUCCACGACACCACCACGUUACCGAGACACUCUUCGAGAUGCGGGGCCAGUUUAACGAGCAGGGACCUACUCAGAACCACACCCGGACCACCCAUGCAGUAGUGCUCGUUGGGGUAGAGUUGUAUUCGUUCCCAGUCGUCCGGUUUCCCGAUGCCCGGUUGCCCGAUAUACAGAUCCGUGGACGGGUC